AUGCACAAGAAAUUAUAAAAGGGUUUGAUAAACCUGCUGGAUAUAAAGAAGGUUAAUUUCAGAAAGUAAUUUAGGAUUUCAUUAUAUAAAAGAGAUUUUGUAAUUAGAUAUAAUUUUAACUAAAAUAAGAUGGAACUGGUUGUGUAUAAAUUUGACGAUGAGAAUUUCAAUAAGACACGAUGA